AUGCAAAAAAUACAAAAAAAAAAUCCCAUUCAACAGAACGGCUUAAAGGAAAACCCGAACGUGAUCCCGAGAUCAAAAGCAUCCUCACCUUACCGCCCUGAUACACAGCCAUCCUCACCUUACCGUCCUGAUACACAGCCAUUCUCACCUUACCGCCCUGAUACACACCCAUCCUCACCUUACCGCCCUGAUACACAGCCAUCCUCACAUUACCACCUUGAUACACAGGCAUCCUCACCUUACCGCCCUGAUACACAGCCAUCCUCACCCUACCGUCCUGAUACACAGCCAUUCUCACCUUACCGCCCUGAUACACAGCCAUCCUUACCUAACCGUUUUGAUACACAGCCAUCCUCACCUUACCGCCCUUAUACACAGCUAUCCUCACCUUACCGCCCUGAUACACAGCCAUCCUCACCUUACCGUCCUGAUACACAGCCAUUCUCACCUUACCGCCCUGAUACACACCCAUCCUCACCUUACCGCCCUGAUACACAGCCAUCCUCACAUUACCACCUUGAUACACAGGCAUCCUCACCUUACCGCCCUGAUACACAGCCAUCCUCACCCUACCGUCCUGAUACACAGCCAUUCUCACCUUACCGCCCUGAUACACAGCCAUCCUUACCUAACCGUUUUGAUACACAGCCAUCCUCACCUUACCGCCCUUAUACACAGCUAUCCUCACCUUAUCGUCCUCUGAUACACAGCCAUCCUCACCUUACCGCCCUUGUACACAGCUAUCCUACCUUACCGUCCUGA